AUGGCUAUAGAAAUGGAGAAAAAGUUUAAAAAAUAUUGGCAGGAAGAGUACAGUCCGAUUGCUACAAUGGCAGUAGUCCUUGAUCCUCGGUAUAAGUUAAGUCUCAUGGAUUUUUGCUUCUCUAAACUUGAUCUAUUUACUUCCAAUGAAAAGGUAAAGGUUGUUGAAGAUAAUAUGCAAAAAUUAUUUAAGGAGUACUUGAAACCUUCAAUUUCUGAUGUUGAUACGGUAAGAAGUAGUAGUGGUGGAUGUGAUGUUGAAAUGGCAGAUGAAAUGGAGGAGUAUGAUAAUUUUAUAAGUCCAUCUCAACCUGGUUCAAAAAAGACACAACUAAGUUUGUACUUGGAAGAGCCUGUGUUGGUUCGCAAAGGAAAUGAAAAUUUAGAUGUGCUUAAAUUUUGGAAGGAUAAUAGGAUUAAAUAUCCGGAACUCUCAUUGAUGGCACGUGAUUUGUUAAGUAUUCCUAUCACCAGUGUUUCAUCCGAGUCCGCUUUCAGUGUUGGAGGUCGUGUUAUUGGAAAAUUUCAAACCUCUAUUUUACCCGAGAAUGCAGAAGCUAAGUUGUGUUCGCGAGAUUGGCUUUAUGGUCAUCAAGCUUCUGAUGACUCUGAAGAGGAAUAUGACAUUGCAAUAGACAUGGGGAAAUUUUCUGCUAUGCCUUCCAGCUAG